UUUCCAAUUGAGUGAAUGUCGAAGAAGUAAUAGAUAUAAUUUACUUAUCUAUAGACAGACAGGAAUGUUAUAGUCCAUUUGCAGAGCAACAAUGGCGGGACUCACUAAUCUCAAGCUAUCUCUGUUUCCCAAUUCGUGUUCACUCUCCUCUCUUUCAUCAAACCCAUUUCUUGUUUCUACCUCCAUUUUCCGCAGAACAUCCCACUGCUUCCCAAAGAUAUUCGCGUUUUCCAGCAAUGAUAUUAAAGUGGGCAGCAACAUUGAAGUGGAUGGAUCUCCUUGCAAGGUUAUAGAGUUUCUUCAUGUAAAGCCUGGGAAAGGGGCUGCAUUCGUGAGGACCACGCUGCGCAACUAUGUAACAGGGAAUAGCGUUGAGAAAACUUUCCGAGCUGGAAGUAAGAUAGAAGAGGCAAAUAUCUACAAGGAGACGAAGCAAUUCACCUACAAGGAUGGUGCCCAGUAUGUCUUCAUGGAUCUGACCUCUUAUGAAGAAUAUCGUCUAAAUGAAAAAGAAGUUGGAGAUAAAGCAAAGUUUCUAAAAGAGGGCAUGGACUGCAGUUUGCUUUUCUGGAACGGGAAGGUGAUCGACUUUGAAUUGCCUAUAACAGUAAAGUUGACAGUGGUGGACGUUGAUCCAGGCGUCAAAGGUGACACUGCCCAAGGUGGAUCAAAGCCAGCAACCCUCGAUACCGGUGCAAUUGUAAGCGUUCCAUUAUUCAUAAAUAGAGGAGAGGAAAUUAUGGUUGAUACUAGAAAUGGACAAUACAUGAGCCGCGCAUAGGUUUGCUUCAGGAUACAAUUUUGUUACAACUGAAACUUUUUGUAUCUAUAUGUAUUAGAACCUAGUAUUUGCAGGAGUAACAUUGAAGACCCCCAUUGAGAAUACUAUUGGAAACCUUCUGUUUUAGUGUACAAAUGGGAAAGAAAAGUAAUCCUUGUUUUACUGCCAAUUUUUACCUUCCAAAAACACAACUCUAAAAAUAUUGUGAGUAGUGAAAAAUUGGGUGAAGUUUUAAAAUGUGUUUGGUUAUAA